GGCCUUCCAACUGGGCAUUGAAGAGAGUAAAACUUGAAAAUUCCACAAAUCGCAAAAAUAUUUAGACAAUAUUAAGACAGCAAUCAUGAACACCAAAGAUUUUGUAGUUCUUCCAUGGGGAAAACCUGGGAAUUCCGUAAAGCUAAAAUAUAAAAAUGCUCGAGAACUGAGGAUGGAGAAAGUACGGUUAGAGUUGGAGAACCAAGAGAUGGAAAAGAAACUACAGGAAUUCCAAUCAACAAGAAACAAAGAAAAAGAAGAAAGAGAGUCAAGUGGAUGUCACUGGAAAUCUGGGCAAGUGGGCAAAUUGGGUAAUCAAUCACACACGAUGUCACAAAUUAAAGGAAAUGUUUUUAAGCUUUCUGCUGGAAAAGUGAAAUUAAAAUUACUGAAGGAGCAGCUUCAAGGGCCAGUGAAACAAUCACUUAAUUGUAAAAUGGCAAAUUCUCCUGAAAGUGAAAAACCCAAGAUAAAAGGGAAAGUUUGCGGACAGUGUGAGAACAAAGCUGCUCUGCUAGUAUGCCUUGAAUGUGGAGAAGAUUAUUGUUCAGGAUGCUUUGCUAAAAUUCACAAGAAGGGGGCACUGAAGUUCCACAGAACAACUCUUUUGCAGGCAAAAUCUCAAAUAUUAUCCAGUGUGUUGGAUGUUGCCCAUCGGUUUAUAAAGGAAGUUAAUCCAGGUGAACUCAAGGGGGAGAAUCAUUCAAGAGAGGAGAUUAAAGUUUCAACAACAAAAAUAGCAGAAUGUACAGAUCCGGGAGAUAGCCCCUUGUGUGAAGAAUCAUUCUAUGAAGAAGCUUCUGCCCAGUCCUUUCAGGAAGUUUUAAAUCAGUGGAGAACUGGAUAUCAUGACGGCAAUGAGAAACAGAACUUACGUGCAGCAAAACCAGACUCAUUGGAAGAAUGUGAAGUACAAACUAAUCUGAAAAUUCGGAGAGAACCACUGAAGAUUGAAUUUAAAGAAGACAGUUUAUCCUAUAUGGAAAAAUUAUGGCUUAAAAAAUACAGGAGAACUCCACAGGAGCAACUUCAAAGCAUGCUACUGGAUACAUUCAAACCUCAAUGUAAAACCCCUAGUGAGGCACAGUGUUCUCAGAAUGAAAAUGAUGAAGAUAGUGAUGUUGAGGAGACCAAAAUACAGCACCCGGCUCUUUUUCUGCCAAUAGAAGAAUUAAAGAUAGAGAGACCUGAAUCAUCUCUAAAAAUAGUCGAACUAGAUGAUACUUAUGAAGAGGAAGUUAAAGAUCCAGGAAACUUCGUGCCUUACAACGUUGAGUUAGCUGAUGCAGACAGUCAGCAAAGUUGCACAUUUCACGAUUAUCAGAAUAGUUUUCUGUAUGAAAAUGACAUCCGUCAACCUCAUGUUUUCACCAAGGGAAAAACAGACCUCUUACAUCUUCAUCUGAGCAAUAGCUCUUUGUAUGGUAAAGAUAACUCAAAAGCAGGAACUUCAAAUACAGAUUUUGACGUCAUUGUGGAUCCUUAUGUUAAUUCUCUUGCCGUUGAAAAAUUAGGAGAAAGCAGCUUUUUGGGAAGAAAUUUCAGAGAGCAAAGUACAGAUGUAGAAAGUAAUGAAAAGUCUGAUGAUUCCUGCAUAUCACUUGGGAGCAAGAAUUCUUUGCCAAAUGUAGAUUUAGAAAAACCUUCCAUUAAGGAGAAAUUAUCUCAUGAUGUCAAAGAAUCUUCGGAAUUUAGCAAUCUGCAUGAGAGGCCAAACUUUGAAGAUUCUAAAACUAUAGAGCCACCACUGUUGUUACAAGAAAUAGCCCUCAGAUGUAAGCCUAUAACUGAACAAUAUCAAGGACUUGAAAGAUUCCUUGUUUUUGAUAAAAAUGAAAGACUCAACUUACUUCCUUCUCAUAGCUUAGAAUGCAGCUGUUCCAGUACUAGGAUUUCAAUUGCAGGGGACAGAGAAUGGAUCCCAGACCAUAGCAUAAGUACAUAUGCUGAGGACAGAGUUGCCCUGGGUGUUCUGCAGAAAGCCCAGAACCCGUCAUCAAGUAGAACUCAGCAGAAGACAGGCCAGACAUCGCAGAGACCUUCAACAGCAAAUUUACCACUUUCCAACUCUGUUAAAAGAAGCUCCAGCUGUCUUUCCUCCUCUCCUCCUCGAUCAAGAAGUGCAGCUGCUCCAUCAUUAUCUAGAGCUGCUUCUGAAAUUUCAGAAAUUGAAUAUAUUGAUGUUACUGACCACAAUGAGCCUUUCUUAGACACCACUGCUGAUCAAGAAACCUUAGACAGUUUGGAAAAAGAAUUAAAUGUGCUGAGAAAUCUUGCAGAUCCUUCAGAAAAACUUUACAACCUAACCACAGAAGAGUUACCAGCCUUCAACAAUCAUUCACUGAAUAUAAGUCAGACUACCCUGGAUUUCCUUAAGACCUCACGUGCAAGGAGCCCCUGUGGAGCUGAGGAACCGAGCUCUUCUGAAAAAGAUACCGAAAUUCAGUCUUUGCUGACACUUUCUGAGAGCAGCACAGAUGAGGAGCAAGAGGAUUUUCUUGACAAGCAACAGGUCAUCACACUGCCGUGGUCCAAGAGCCCCUAAUGAUCAUUUGCUCAUUACUGCUUCCAUUGUAUACCCAGAGUAACGCAAACAACCGAAAAAAGUAACCAAGUGAUUACCUGUCCAGGAGAUUUUGAUUAUUAAUGUCUCUGAUAUUUCAAGGU